ACAAUCAUUAAUAAUCGUUUGCAGUGAUUUUAAAAAUGACUUCAACGACGGCCAUUCAUUUCUGCUUUUUGUAAACAAAUUCAUUCAGUGUUGUUUCGACCGCGAUAAUGUCGGACGUUAGCCGCGAGUUUUUCCUAAUUUUAAUAUUUAAUGUGUUAAUUUGUAACGUUACUAGCGAUUGCGUGCUAUCACUUAACAAAGACUUCAGCAGUCCAGGGCCGGUGUUCCUCAAGAAUGGGGACUUUCUGGAGGUCAAUACUGCUAAUGGGAACAUCACCAUGGGAAGAUCAGAGGUGGUGACGGUCGCUUGUCCUGGUCAUAACAGGAAGGUCGUUUUGGGCACAGUUACUAUGCCUUAUGAUACCAUGGAGGCCCACUGCUUGGUAGAUAAAACAUUCCGAGUAGACCGACGUAUACUCACGUUUAAGGAGAUUAAGUGUAACACUCAGCCUUGGUUUACUGCCCAAGAAUACCCUGAGACCUGUCAUGAACACAGCAGCAUGAUAUAUCAUGUCGGCUACAAAGUGAAGAAUUCGUUCCACACGAUCUAUGAAGCUUGUUUUGACAAACGGCUGCUAAGAACACACUACGUGAAACAUCGGUUGACUCCACUAAGUAUUUACAAACAGCAUGGACUAACUAGACCCGCUUUUAUAGAUGGAAAUUUGUUCAGAGGAGUGAAAAUGAAUGAAAUCUACAAAUUUAACAAUCAGAAGACGUCUUUGGACGCCAUUUUGGGACACUCCAUGUCUGGACAUUAUUUAACCAAAAAACAGUUUUUAUCUCGAGGACACCUAGCUGCGAACGCGGACUACCCAACUAGUGCUCUCAUUCGAGCUACCUUCCACUACGUCAACAGCGCCCCGCAGUGGCAGAGAGGCAAUGCUGGCGACUGGGCUGCUUUAGAAGAGAGCCUACGUCGCAGAGUAAAUGCUCUCAAUACCACAGUCAUAGUGUACACCGGUACUCACGGCAUCAUGACUCUCCCCAACCGCUCGGGGCACAUGAAGGAGGUCUAUCUUCACAUUGACGAGAAUAACAACCCUGAUGUGCCUGUGCCUAUGUAUUAUUAUAAGCUAGUCUACGACCCAAUAAGGAAACUAGCAGCAGUCUUCAUAACCAUAAACUCUUCGUUCUACAGCGAUAAAGUUCUAAACUCCUUGGUAUUCUGUCAAGAUAUUUGCGAGCACAACCGCGAGUUCUCGUGGCUAAAAUGGCGGGCUAAUGACGGCACGUUUAGUUUCUGCUGUGAUUACAAAUCUUUUGUUGAAGAAGUCGAUUAUUUGCCGAAAUUAGAUGUUAGGGGGAGAUUCCAUUGAUUUUUGUGUACAAAGAUUUUUGUAAUAAAUACUUAAUAAGUAGUAUAGUUAUCGGCACGAAUCUUGAGCUCUGACCUACAUCUGCGCAGAUGUGAUUUAUUAGCAAAGAACCAACCCCGAGUGACGGCUAUGACGCGAUGUACUGCGGGCCAAUCACCGCUUUAGCCCGCCCCCGCGCCUCACUUCAUACCACAAAAGGGACCCAAUAAAUUAGGUACUUCUGCGCAGAUGAAGGUCAGACCUCAAGAUUCGUGCCGAUAACUAUAUGUUUGGCUGAUUUUCGAAAACGCAUAACUUGAGCUUUAUAUUAUUUGUAUAAUGUUUUUUUCAUUCAUAAACAUUUUUAACCGACUUCCCAGAAAGAGAGUUUUUCAUUGUAAUUUUCUAUAUCUCUCAUCUGUAAACGUUUAGUUAAAAUGACGGUAGGUAACAUCAAACAUCUUUGGCAGUCGUUACGGGUAGUCAGAAGCCAGAAAGUCUGACACCAGUCUAACCAAGGGGUAUCGGGUUGCCCGGGCAACUGGGUUGAGGAGGUCAGAUAGGCAGUCGCUUCUUGUAAAGCACUGGUACUCAGCUGAAUCCGGUUAGACUGGAAGCCGACCCCAACAUGAUUGGGAAAAGGCUCGGAGGAGGAGGGUAACACUAACACUAUUGGCCGUUCUCAAUUCUUUAUCUAUCUGUAUUUUAACAUUAGCCCAACACAAAUAAAUGAGUAUCCAAGAUAGCGUAUUUUUUGUUUUUUUUUUGCCCAUAGGGCAGGCUAAAGUCUUUCGACCAUACUGCCUAGUCUUUCGUAGGUAUUUAUUUCUUUCGUGCGUAUUUUUUGUAUAUUUGACAGCUGUCAAAUUUCAAGGGGAAAAUGUUUUUUUUUUACUGUGACAGUAUUGUUAACUCCACUAAAAAAAGGUCUGACCUGACCGUUAUGUAAAAUCUCUAGUAAGCUCUAGUAACAAUAGAUAGAUAGAAUAUUGGGAACGUUCAUAAGACAGUGGCGUAUUUUCACCAGUUUUCAAAAUAGUUAGUAGCUAUUUUAAUUAUUGAUCAUUCGAUGUUAUUUACAAAAGAAAUAACAAAAUAUACG